ACAAAUUAUAAAGAGUAUUGAAUAAAAAAAGAAAAUUUUAAAUAAAACUGUGCAAAUAGUGUUUCACCAACAUGCAUACUUUAUUCACCGAUCAAAAUACCUUUUCACGCCAUUACGCCCAAACCGCCGGCUAUCCAACAUCAGCAGCCACAGCCGCCGGUGCCAUGACUACCGCCUCGGCAGCAGCAGCCGCUCACUAUGCCUACGAUCAGUAUUCCCGCUAUUCUUAUCCAGCCUCCGCCUAUGGCUUGGGAGCUCCCCAUCAAAAUAAGGAAAUAGUUAAGCCACCCUAUUCCUAUAUUGCUCUCAUCGCCAUGGCCAUACAAAAUUCCGGCGAUAAGAAAGUUACUCUCAAUGGCAUCUAUCAAUAUAUUAUGGAACGUUUUCCCUACUAUCGUGACAAUAAACAAGGUUGGCAAAAUUCCAUACGCCACAAUCUCAGUCUAAACGAGUGCUUUGUCAAGGUGGCUCGUGACGACAAGAAACCCGGCAAGGGUUCCUACUGGACUUUGGACCCUGAUUCCUAUAACAUGUUCGACAAUGGUUCCUUUUUGCGUAGACGUCGCCGUUUCAAGAAGAAGGAUGUUAUGCGUGAGAAGGAGGAGGCCAUGAAACGUCAGGUUAUGAUGAACGAGAAAUUGGCCGAAAUGAAGCCCUUAAAGUUAAUGACUGCCAAUGGCAGCAUCAUAGAUGCCAAACAUAUGGCUCAUGCUCAUCACUUUAAGAAGGAACCGCUAAGCAUGGAUUUGGGCUGUUUAAGCGGUAAAGAUUCUGUGGCAGCUGGUCUCAGCACUGCAGCCAUGUUAAACUCCUGCCACGAUAGUUUAGCGCAAAUGAAUCAUUUGACAGCCGGUGCCGUAGAUCAUCCUGGUUUUACUGUGGAUUCUCUUAUGAAUGUCUACAAUCCCAGAUUACAUCACUCAGCUUAUCCUUAUCAUCAUGCUUUAAAUGAAGAGAAUCUAAGCGUGGCCGCCUCAACACAAAUGCAUGCUCAUCAUGCGGCGGCAGCUCAUCAUGCUCAACAAUUGCGCCAUCAUCAUCACCAUCAUGUGCCUAGUCAUGCUCAUCCUCUGACACCAGGAGGAGCCAGUCACAAUGGUGUUCAAUUAGGCGGCAUAAGUUCUGGCACCACGACCACCACAUCAUCGGGCAACUCACCUACCACCAUAACUACUCCUCAUGGACCAGCUCAUGGCGGUUGGUAUACACCGGAAACACCACCAUCGGAACCCAUCAACAACUCUGUCAACAAUAAUACCCCUACCAAUAACAACAACAACAAUAAUAAUCAUCACAGCAACAAUAACAAUCAUUCUGCUGUCACUAGCAGUCCCUCCUCGAUAGUGCCCGGCCAUACCUCACUGGGUUUUAGGGACAUGAUUUUCGAACAAAAUCAAUCUUGUCAAAUGGAUACUGGUAGUCCCACGGGUAGCAUACAAUCGGCCAGUCCUCCAGCUCCACCAGUAUCUUCUGCCGUUCCUACAAAUGCUGCCGCUGCUGCUCUCAUAAGUUCACAUCAUCAUCACCACCAUCAUCAUUUAAGCGGAAAUCUAGGCAACUUGGGCAAUCUAAGCAAUUUGUCUCACUAUAGAUCUCAUGUCGGUCACUAUCAAGAUUACGGCAUUAAGUAUGGCGUUUAAGUUUAUUAAAGCAACUUUGCCCGCCGUCACCUGUAAAUAUACAUAAAAAACUAGUUCUAUUAAAUCAACAAAAUGUAGUGUAAAUAUUUUAAUCUUCUAAGCAUUUAUAAUUCUCAUAUAGUUUAAUUAUGAAAACAAACAAAAAAAAAAAUUCCUCUCUAACAA